CACGCUUGGGAUCGUCUCCAAGAGGCCAAAGUUCGGCGUCACAUGUGACAUGGGCUCGCGAGAGAGUCGCAAAGGACGACGCAUCGAAUUUAUUUAACCAAGCCUUCAAUUUCAGCCAGAUGUCCUCAGGAACUUCAAUAGCCUCCUGUAUGGCUCUGCGAGCGGGGCUUCUUUCCUGACCAUAUUGUUUCGUUUCUGCCAUUACACGUUGGAAAGUCUGACCUCCCUUGUAAAUCGAAAAUUCCCCUGCAGGAUAUUUCGAUUCCUCAUCGUCAUCAUGGGAGUCAUCCGGUCUGUUCUCCUGCUACCCUUCACGCCGAGUUUCACAGCACCUUUGAGCCUUGCGCUCGCCUUUGGUCCCUCUAGCAUACGCGACCCCCUGCUUGGUCUGCUGUCAAAUGCAUUGACGGAAGCGAACAUCGAACGGCUCAUCGUAGCCUUGAAGUGGCUCACCAUUCUCGGCAUAGCGAGAAAGUUAAAUGCGAGGCUCAAUCGCUGGGCACUCAAUAAUUGGCGAUGGACAACCAAUACCAAAGCUUGGGAUUGGGAGCGCGAGGUGGUGGUGAUCACAGGUGGCUGUUCAGGUAUUGGCCUCAGUACUGUAAAGCAGUUGCUGCAAAAGCGCCUCAAAGUCGCGAUCUUUGACAUCCAGGCUCCACCAAAAGAGAUCGAAAACCAUCCAAAUAUGCAGUACUUUUACUGCGACGUGACGGAUCGAUCGUCUAUUGCAACCGCCGCGAGCCAGCUACGUGUUAAAUGGGGCGAUCCUUCAAUCCUCAUUAACAACGCUGGUAUUGGAAAACCCCAUUCCAUAAUCGAGACUCCGGACGACUUCGUGACAAAGAUCUUUACCAUUAAUGUCAUAAGUCACUUUUGGAUGGUCAAGGAAUUCAUGCCUGCUAUGUUAUCAAAGAACAAAGGGCAUAUCGUCGGAAUUGCAAGUAUGGCCUCUUGGGUCGCUCCUCCAGGCAUGGUUGAUUACGCGUCGACAAAGUCAGCAGUUCAAGCUUUCCACGAAGGCCUUAAUAUGGAGAUAAAACAUAUAUAUAAGAAGCUUGGAGUGCUAAACACAGUCGUACAUCCAAGUUGGGUUCGGACUCCUUUGAUCGGGGGUUAUGAAAGCCACUUGGAGAAGACACAAGGGAAGCUGCUCAAGCCUGAGCAAAUAGCUAAGAAAAUUGUGGAUCAGAUCGUCAGCUGCAAUGGCGGACAGCUCUUUAUGCCAGGUCGAAUGAGCACGGCGACGAGGAUCAGGGGGGAAGCAAACUGGCUGCAGGAAUUGAUCCGUGACUUCGCAGUUGGUAGUGCCACUUCAUCGCCUCCUGCGCUAUAAAGCAGGACCUUUGUGUGGCUAAAGUAAAAAAAUGUAGUCGUAUCUCGGGCGCAAGCUCCGGAGACAAUUGGAGAAGUGCGGAGCACUGCAAAAGUUACCGGAGAAGAUCGUCGGUCUCGCUACCUUCCCCGCACAAAUUGAAUAUAUACAUGACCGCUUGGCUGGCACCCGAUGUCUAGAUUUGAUUGUGUCAUAUCAAUAGAUUUAGAUCUCGGCUUUUUUUCGAC